ACUGCGAACGCAGCUAAUGACACUGGCAUGUAGCGAAGAAAUUCGUCUGCUCGUGCACUCGCCAGUCAGUUCCGCCUGCCAUGGGGAAGAAGGUAGAAGUCGUUCUAUGUGCGUGUGUUUGUGUUGGGCUUCUGCUGACCGUAACGGCAGCAGAGCCUCUUCCGAGAUACAUUACGGAACCCGGUCCUACCGUCAAGGCGACACAAGGAGCUGUGUGGCCCAAACCGCAGAAUGAACAGCGGUUUGGAGGGUCGGUGCUGAUAGUUCCAGGCAACUUCACUUUCCAGGUGGAGGGACCAGAGUGUGAUACACUGUCUGAAGCUGUGUCACGCUAUGAAGCAAUCCUCAAGGAAGAGGCAGCAAUUAAGGGCCCACGCAAUGCCAGUGAAGCCUCCACGCAGCUGUCUGCACUGCUGGUGCGCCUCGAUGGAGAGUGUGGCGAUCGGCCAGUCUUUGGCAUGGAUGAGUCCUAUGAGCUGAGAAUUAACAGUCCAGACCUGCCAGGAGCAAUGCUUUUAACUUCUGCCUCGGUGUGGGGUAUCCUGCGUGGUCUCGAAACAUUCUCUCAAGUUGCUACACGGGUGAAGACUGCAGAUGCUCUUAUAUUGGAUAAUCUAGCAAUAGCAGACAUCCCUCGUUUCAGCCACAGAGGUCUGCUUCUUGACACAUCCCGUCAUUUCAUUCCAGUAAGCUACAUAAAGAAGACUUUAGAUGCAAUGGCCUAUAAUAAAAUGAAUGUUUUUCAUUGGCAUAUUGUUGAUGAUCAGAGCUUUCCUUACCAGAGUGCUGCUUUUCCCCUUCUAAGUGAAAAAGGUUCUUAUGACCCUGAGAGAUUCGUAUACAGUCCUGCUGAUGUUGCUGAAGUAAUUGAGUAUGCGCGUGUUAGAGGAAUAAGAGUUGUUCCAGAAUUUGAUACUCCAGGACACACAAGAUCAUGGGGAGAAGCUUAUCCUGAUCUGCUGACACCGUGUUACAAUGCAACUGGUUCUCCAGAUGGCACAUAUGGACCAAUUGACCCCACAAAGAACUUUACAUAUGAAUUUCUUCAGACAUUAUUUGAAGAAAUUGUAAAUGUUUUCCCCGAUGAGUACUUUCAUCUUGGUGGCGACGAAGUAGGAUUUGAAUGUUGGGAAAGCAACCAAGAUAUUCUGGACUUUAUGAGUGAGCAUAAUAUUACAGAAAGCAAAGAUCUAGAAAGUUAUUAUAUUCAGAAGAUUGUUGACAUUGCAUCAAAUCUUAAUUCAAAGUCCAUAGUGUGGCAGGAGGUCUUUGAUAAUGAAGUUAGACUUAGUGCUGACACUGUUGUCCACAUCUGGACAGGUGACCGAAAUGAAGAAUUGGAUUCUGUAACUGCUGCUGGUCACUACACAUUGCUGUCGGAGUGCUGGUAUCUGGACCAUCUCAGCACUGGUGGAGACUGGCAGAAAUAUUAUGAGUGUGAGCCACUGGAUUUCUCUCCAUACAAUGAAUCCCAAUAUGACUUGGUGAUUGGUGGGGAGGCUGCAAUGUGGGCAGAAGUAGUAGAUGAAAGCAAUGUUGAAUCGAGGGUAUGGCCUCGUGCUGCGGCAGUGGCCGAAAGAUUGUGGUCACCGAGGAGUGCUGUAGAUACUGAUGAUGCAGCUUCACGAAUUGAAGAGCACUACUGUCGGCUGCGAAGACGUGGUAUAAAUGCACAACCCCCAAAUGGCCCAGGCUACUGUGCAUAGAUAAUUAAUAUCAGUUAUUACAAAAUGUUGUAUAGUUUCCACAAACAUUAUCACGGUACAUAACAGUCAAUAAGGAGGGCUGUAAAUGUAAAGAUGAAUAACAAAGGGAGAAACAGUUUUCUUCCUUGAACUGGUAUUUAAUAUUGAAAUCAGGCUGUGUGCAUUUUUGUGUGCAUUUUAGUUUUUAAGUUUUAAAUGCUGUACAGUGUUAAAUCUCUCUCAUAUUGUGUAUUCAUUGAGAAUAUGUAUUUAGGCUUGAGUUGCCAUUAGAUUUGACAAAUUGAUGUCGGGUGGGGGAUCUUUAGACUUGCAGUUUUCUUUAUGAUGUGAAAUAAGUUUGUUAGACAUUGUUAUUACUGUUCCUGAUGGAUGUCCUAUGGAACAUUAUUUGUUUGGUAGAUGUGCUAGAAUUUUUAAAUAUUUGUACAGAGUGUGUGAGAGAGAACAAAGAUAUUGUAAGUAUUGUCAGUAAUGUACUACAUUCUGCAUAGAUCAUUGGCUCAUAUGGUCACUACUCACUAGUCAUGUUGCAGACAUUUGCCAUGGUGUCUCCAGUGUAUUAAAGAAGUAAAGAUAAAAAUACUGCAUGUUACUGAAAGAGAGAAAGAAAGUGUGUGUGUGUGUGUGUGUGUGUGUGUGUGUGUGUGUGUGUGUGUGUGUGUGUGUGUGUGAUCUCCCCAUUCCCAAUGCAGCUGAACCCAUCUUUUUAUUUUCUCCCAGGUAGUAGAUCAAAGCAAUGUUAAAUCGAGGGUAUGGCCUCAUGCUGCGUCGGUGUAUGUUUAGUGGUUAUAACUGACCCUAGUUUCCUUGUUUCUGUUUGUUACUUGUAAGCCAGCUCUCUUGUCCUAUCUUAAUAUGUAGCUAGUCUUUACUGUCAGUAAGAGAAGGAAUUAUUUUAAGAAAAUAAAAGUGUAAAAGAAGUUCCUUCAGCAAAAAGUGAGUUGCUCAAUGAAGAUUAAAUUAUUGCUGUAAUUGUUGCUGUGUAUUUUUGUAAUCAUGGAGAACUCAUUAUCUCUUACUCUCUUGUAACACUGUUGGUAAUAAAAUUUUCAUUUUCAACCUGUA